UAGUUUAUAAUAUUUUCGCUUAGUAAUUCAUUCAAUAGUAUUUUCUAGUUAGAAUUAGAAGUGUUUAAAGUGUAUUCAUUGCAUGUAAAAUAUAUCGGCAUGCGAUGACGUCACAUCCGGUUUCGCCGCGUCUUGUGGGAAAACACCGGUUUGAAAUUAGCGCGAGGGUGGGGGCUUUCCACGAGGCUCACCUGAGCACAAGCAGUUUGCAGGCAUGAGAAAUCACAGUGAGAGCAACGCUUUUUCACCAUAUGUUAAUGUGAAGAGUGAACAGUAAAUGGUUAAUCUUACUGCGAUCUGGUUUGCAUUGGCUGUGGUUUAUCCGGACGUUAAAUUCGGCGUUUCGUUACACCCGAAGGAGAACGUUACAGUGAAAAAGCGGCAUUAUCAGGUGUUUCAAGUGCUGCAAUGUCAGCUCAAUCCAGCAUCAAGUCGACGCCGCCCAGCGACAAGGGCAGUAAACCGACAUCAAGUAAGCCCACCCAGGCGUUAUCAGGUGUUCCAAGUGCUGCAAUGUCAGCUCGAUCCGGGAUCAAGUCGAUGGCGCCCAGCGACAAGGGCAGUAGAACGACAUCAAGUAAGUCCACACAGGCAAGAGCCAAGGCAGAAGCCGCCAAGGUGCGACUGCAUUACGCCAAACAAGAGGCAGUUUUGAAAAUGAAACUGGCCACCAAAGAAGCCGAAAGGGCCGCCAGACAAAGAGAAGAGGCUGCCAGAGAAGCCGAAAUCCAGAAAGAAAGGGCCGCCAGAGAAGCCGAAGAGGCUGCCAGACAAAGAGAAGAGGCCGCCAGAGAAGCCGAAACCCAGUUGGAAAUGGCAAAAAUAUCGACAGAGUUGCAAGUGCUGCAGCGAGAAAGAGAAGGAGAAGCUGCCAGGGUGAAAGCAGAGUACAUAGAAGAAGCUGAAGGGUCGCGUGAUCUGACCGAAACAAGUUCUGCUUUGGAAAGGACCAGACUGGAACGCACGAGCGACUAUGUACAAUAUCAAGCAGACAGGCAGGCUCGUCUCCCCUCUCCAUACCUAUUCGAUAACUUCCCCAGCUACGAGGAAGAGAAUUUACCCUCGCGGCCCCGCGAUGAAGUCAAGAAUGAAAGAGCUGACAACCGAUAUACUUUGACACCAAAGUUACAAAGUUCGAUGCGAAGAGACGCGGAGGUUGAAUCCAGGAUGGCAAAUUCCAUGAGAAACGUGCGUUCUCAGUCAUAUGGGCGCCAACGUACUUCUCCGCAUGCCGCUUGCAGCCGAUCCCACGCUGCAGUAUUUAGCACGACGGGAUCUCGUCACUUCGGGACUGUACCAGUUUGACGAUAAACCCGAAAAUUACCGUGCUUGGCUCUCCACAUUCACCAACGUGAUUGACGGGGUCCAGCUCAGUGCAACCCAAAGGUUGGACCUUAUGGCGAAAUGGCUGGGGAAAGAAUCACGCGACCAGGUGAGACGCAUGCGUUCAGUGUACAUCAACAAACCUGAGCUAGCCUUAAGCGAAGCGUGGGAGAGACUUUGGGAGAGAUAUGGGGCCCCCGACAUUAUUGAAGCGGCGCUAUAUCGACGUCUGGGAAACUUUCCUAAGGUGUCAGCCAAAGAUCACUUUAAGUUAAGAGAAUUCGGAGAUUUACUCAUGGAGAUCCAAGGCGCCAAAGAAGAUGGCUAUUCAGCUGGUCUAGUAUUCCUAGAUACUCCAUCCGGGAUUAGACCAAUUGUGGACAAACUUCCAUUUGGGCUGCAGGACAAGUGGCUGACUGUUGCCUCAGAGUACAAGGAAGACCACGAUGGUCGAUUUCCUCCCUUUAAGCACCUCACUAGGUUUGUGUGCAAGGAGGCGAAGAGGCGAAACGACCCUAGCCUUGUAGGUCCAGGAAGCAGUUCGAUUUACACCAAGCCAGGCAGAUCCGUUUCGAAUGUUUUCAACAUUGAUAAACCCGUGUCAGUGCUCAAGACCGAAGCCCUUACGACUAACAACGACCCUGGCAAGUAUUGUCCAUUGCAUAACAAACCUCACCCCCUGAAAGCAUGCAGAAUGUUUAGGGAAAAACCCCUUGAAGA